UUUUGCUGUUCCCUAUUUCCACUGAUGUCCUGUAUAUACAACAUAUUAAGCUUUAUAGCAGGAUCCGAAAUACUAUAGUGCUUCAGUUUACUACUGAACAGUUGAAUUUCUUUUUGAAAACAUGUCAGCUUCUCGACUACAUCGGGCACUUUAUCAAAAGUUCCACUUCUACAACUAUUGUAUGUAUAAUAUUCGACGAACAUUUUGCAGCAAACCAAAUUAUGAAAUAUCCACACUAUUUGGAAAUGUAACGAAUCAGGACAUUUCAAAAUCAUACAUUCACUCUGUUUUAUCACCACUAGGUGAUUUCACUGUUUCAAUUAGUGAUUGUAAAGUUAUGAACAAUAACUUACAUUCAACUCAUAUAUCAUUUUGGCCUUGUCUUCUAGAGUACAUUGGUUAUCACGAUUAUCCUGAAUUAAGAAAAUCAUUAACCGACUACAUCUUGGAUGAUAAAAACAAACAUAGCAAUGCUACUUUAAUGUGUACCUUGAAACUUUUAAAAAUUCAAGAGCGUUAUACUGAACUCAAAAGUUUAUACAACGAACUUUUGCUUCGAUUAAAUCCCGUAGAAAAGAAGGUUCUCCAAAUUGGUUUGGCGAAAAUUUUAGCACAAACACCAUUUUGGAGAGAGGCACUAAAAUUAUUAUCGUCCUCAGAAGGGAAAAACUGUGAUGAUUCAGGGAUUUAUGAAUAUAUGUGUUUUUCUGCCUUAAAAUUUGACACUUUCUCUUCUUUUUUCGAAUGUAUACAACUACUGAAUUCUUCACCGCAAGACAAGAUUUUCUAUGAAUUUUUUAAUAAAUUAAAUGAGUUAGAAGAAAAAGAAGCUAUUUAUUUAGUCAGUCACUUGUUCCAAAUAUUGCACACACGCCAAUGGAUAAUUACUUAUAAUGUUGCUGAAUGUAUUCGACGUUGGUUUCAAAAUUUAAAGCACGAACAAUGGGUGGGAGAUUUAUCUGCUUAUGUUAAUAGAGGCUAUUUAUGUUCAGUAUGUAGCAAAAAACUACCACCACCAGACAUGUCACAGUUUCCUUUUUCCCAAAUGGCUGAUACGUUUUGUGAAACAGUGAUUAAGGGGACAGACAUUGAAAAUCUAUAUCUAACAGCAACAUCAGACGAAGUUUUGACUCUAAAGCGAUUUCUUGAUUCUCAAAGUGAACCUUUAGAUUGCAUCAUCGAUUUUUUAAAUCUAUUGAAUAUGCGUAAACUUUGGUCCCUCGAUUCUCCAGGAUUAUUGGUUGCUCAGGUCAUAAGACAGAUCAACAAAGAUUUCAAUCUGCGGCGUUUUUGUUUGGUCAGUAAAGGGGCUUCAAUCCUUCGUCAACCAGGGUUUUGGGACCCAAUUAAAAUGUUAGGAAAUCAGUUGGGAGUUUCUGUGUAUAAAUUCUGUACAAACGCUAAGUCGGAAGACGAUGUAUUCCUCCUCUAUAUGGCUAUGAAGUCUGGGCCACAAUGCUAUAUUGUAUCUAAUGAUGAAUUCAGGAAUCACCGAUUUUCAUCUGGUUCGGAACUUGGAAAACAAAUUUCUAGGUGGCAGUCUCUCAGACAACUUGUACUACGACAUCAUGGUCGGAUAUACCAAAAACCCUCAAAGUGUGACUUGUGUGUACAUGGUAACUUAGAAACUGGUUGGCACAUCCCUUAUUAUAAAGGGAACUAUCAGAAAUUCUACACUGCAGUUGAUUCCUGGCUUUGUAUACAUCGUCCAAAAUAAAUAUUCGCACCAAAA